AACAUCUAACACAUACACAGUUACACGAUUACACAAUUGUUUUAAUUUGUUGUUUCGCAAAAAUUGCAAAUUGGUUGCGGUUCCAGAAGAGACGCGGACCACUAUGAGACUGAACAAGGCUUGCGCGGCAGAGCCGGUGAGCAAGAAGCUCAAGAGGACUUACACCGGCUUUCGGCCCGUGGUUUUGUCGGCCGAGCGCUACGAUGGCAUCGUCGGCAGAUCCGUUCAGAGGGACAGCAAGGAGCAGCUGGAGGCCCUCGCGGAGGAGCAGCGGUACGCCCAGUACCUCCAGAAUGGCCACGCCGUGCUGCUGCGGCGCUUCACCAACAUGCCCGAUUUAACCGGCAAGAACGACGAGGAGUUGCUGGCGGCCAGGGACAAGAUCCUGGCCGAGGCGACGAAGAACCGACAGACGCAGGAGCUGCUGGAAAAGAGGCGCAAGCAGCGCAUUAUGCGAGCCAAUCAGCUGCUGACCAUGCUGAAGCCAGGUCCGCGUGGUCUGCACGCGGCUCUCAUCGAAUCCGAAACCAUAUAUCAGCGCAAAUACCACGACGAGCUGAAUGCUGAGAUCGCCGAGAAGGCGCGACGCCAAGAGCUGCUGGACGAACAGCAAUGCCCACAGACCCUGAUACCCUUUGGCUGCGCCAGCGAGGAGCAGGACACGGCACAGCAGCUGGCCAAGGCGAAGGAGGCGCGCUGCCGCUACCUGGAGGCCAUAGAGGCGAAGCGCCAGCUCAAGGAGGCUGAGAGGGAGCAGAAUAUGUUCGAUUCGAUUGUGGAGCGCGAGCAAUACAAGUGCAUACAGGAGAAGGAGCGGCAGAAGCGGAAGGAGCUGGCCGAGAAGAAGCGCGAGUUCUGCCGCAAUGCCUAUCAGGAGUCGCUUAAGGAGAAAGCAGCGAAGGCCAGAUUUGAGGCCAUGGCUGAUUCUGUCAACGAUCGAAUCAUUUGCGUGGACAAGACGGCCCAUCGCUACCUGGACUCGCGCUACAACAAUCAGAUGCAGGAAAAUCGAGAGCAGCGCAUGCGCCACCUGGCGGCAGCCGCCCAACAGCACUGCCUGGUGCAGCGGGCCAAGCAGCAGCAGCAGGAGCAGCAGCGCGAGAGGGCAGAGCAGUCGUACAAGGAGGCAGAGGAGACGGACGAGCUGAAGCGCAAACUUCAUAUCGAAAAUCUGUCCAAGGAGCGACGGCAAUACGAGCAGGAAUAUCUGCUGCAUCGCGGGGACAAGGCGCAGCGCCUGGCGGAGAUUAGACGCUUUGAGCUGGCGUCGCGGCUUAAGAACGAGAACGCCAAUGCGAAGUUUGCGGCUUCCGUGAAGAGGAAGCAGAAUGAGGAGGCGGCUGAGCUGCGCAAGAUACUCCUUGGCCAGCGCGAUGAGUUCCUGGCGCAGCGUGAGGAGGAGCUAAUGCGCACCUCGGCCUGCGCCGAGGAUCCCCAUUUGGAAGAUGACUUCAACUAUUUUGCGGCCGCUGCCAAGGCCAUGGAGGAGUCGAAGGCACAGGGCCGACCCCUGUACCCGAUAGCCAAGGCAGCGGAGCGCUACAGACGCGACAUCCAGCUGGACAUGGUGCCCCAGGGUCAAGUGGUGCACCGCCGAAAGAUUCGCGACUACUGCUGGCCGGGCUACGUCUCCAAGGCGCAGCUCGCCUACCGCAAGUACGAGCAUCGCGAGAGAUGCAAGAUCGAGCAGGAGAAGGUGCGUCGCGACAUGUUCGACAACUGCCUGAAGAUCACCAAAAUGGCGGCUGAGGAGCGACCCUUCGAGCAGUGCGUCCAGGAGUGUCCAAUGAAGCUGAUGCAGCACCGGGGCAUGCCCGCCAUCGCCAGCCAAGAGUCCAUUGAGCUGCCCGCCUACAGCUGCGAGGAGUCGCCGCUGCCAGCUGCCCGCUGCCCCAGCAACCAGAAUCCUUCUCAGGAAUUGAAGUGCGCUCCCACAAGUGCCAGGCCCGUGCCGCAGCCAGGCGAGGAUCAGCAGUCGACUAGCUUCAAGACUGCAUUAUCAAAUUCCGAUACAGCAAUCCAGCCAGCACCCCCGCAUUCCCAGAGGGCUGCGGCUGGCCGGGAUCGCAGCCUCUUCACCAUGAGACGUAGCAAUGCCAAACGGCCAGAUCUAACGCGCUGCUGGACCUCGCCGCCUCAGACCAAAACCAAAGCGACAAAUAUUCCCGCCAUCAGCUUGAUUAACCAGAAAUGCGCUGCUCAACAAAGCCUGAAACCGUUUUGGCCAGCGAAACUUGAGCAAUGCGAUUGAAGCGUCGCAGCUCUGUCGCGCUCUGUCUCAAUGUGAGCGUAAAGUAAAGACGGAAUCCACCUACCUAA